GAAGGAACGUAUCGCCAUCGUUGAUGGUGGUGGAUGCUUGGUGAGUCCAGUGCUAAGUGGUGUGCGAAUUUAGUUGUUUGUGUAAGGAUUUCUUCUUUCGAAAGGAAAUAACUUAUAACAAGAUUCAUAAGUCAAUAUUAAUUUUACGUUAAAGAAAUGUCGUCAGCACAAGUACAAAGACCUGUAAAAGUCGAUGGUUCAGAAGAACGAAGUGCUUCGAAGAAUAAAAUACGUUUAAAAGAAAUUGAACGAUUGCACAGAAAAUCUGGAUCUGGUGCAAGUGGAUAUUUCCCUAAGAAGCACAAGCAUGAAACCGAUGGACGAAAUUUCAAGCGCAAGCGAGUCCAGAGUUUCCCUAUGGGAGGUGGAAAAUUUUGUCCUCCUUAUAAACGAAGGAAGAAGGAGGGAACAAUCAUACCGCCAACAAAAUUCCUCCUUGGAGGAAACAUUAAUGAUCCAUUAAAUUUGAACAGCUUGCAAGAUGAAGAAAUUAACAGGGCAAUGAAUGCUGUUACACCAAAGUCAUCUCCUCUUCCAACUCCACGACAUCGUAAAGGAACAAUUGAGGUGAUUAUACCUCCAAAUCUUCAUGAUCCUUUAAAUCUCAUUUCUUGUGAAGAUGACGCAGAAUAUGAGCAAACGCUUGUAUCUCCUACUAAACGUGGUCGAAAGUCACGAAACCGAAAAAAAAAACGCAAUUCAUCUUCAGGCGGUUCAUCUAAGGAAGAUGGUUUGGAUGGAUCAGCACCUGUUAUGAAUAGUGAAGGAGUAAAAAUUUUUGAGGAAGAGAAAGCUAGUUCACUGAAUGAGAAUGUUGUUUUUGCUGCACCUAUAUCAACACAAGAAAACCCUGCAAGAAGGGAACUACAUCUUGAACUGCCAGCAAAAGAGAAAGACAGAAAAAGUCGUAAGGGGACCGAAGAUUCUGCUGCUGGUAAAGAUAGUAAACUUGAAAAAAAACGGAAGCCUGAUAUCAAGGAUAAGAUUGUAAGUCCUGUAAUUCCACAGCCUGGAGCUUGGAAGAGGCCACCGCAAUAUGGUCCAGCAUCUGAUGGAAGGUUCAGCAGGUUUCGCCCAGGUGCUAACUGGCAGCACAAAAGAGAACAGAUGUUACAAAAAAUGCCAAAUUUCAAAAAGAAGAAUGAAUAUUUCCAGUAUGGAAACUAUUUGAAGUAUUAUGGUUACCGAAAUCCUCAGCAUGAAGUUGAUAUUCGUCUGAAAUACUUAGAAAAGAGAAAGGAAUUGUUCCAAGAUAAGGAUGUACUUGAUAUUGGGUGCAAUAUUGGUCAUGUCACUUUGAUAGUGGCACGUGACUUUAAAGCAAGAAGUGUUGUUGGCUUGGACAUAGAUAGAAAACUUAUUGCCAUAGCUCGAAAGAAUGUGAGACAUUAUGUGAACUAUGCGGACUCUCCACCAAAUGAUGAACCUGGAGGAGGAGGAGGAGGUGGAGGUGGUAUUGGUGGUAGUGAUGGAGGUGAACAAGAACGGUCAAGUGAUUCCAAGUUCUUUCCCAUCUCAUUACCAAUUCUAUAUGGACCUGUUGACAUACCAAGCUUUAGUCAUGGACAGAGCCCUUCUGCAUCAAAGAAGUUUCCACACAAUGUCACUUUUGUACAGGGUAACUAUGUGGUGGAGUCAGAUGCCUUGCUGGCAACAGAACAGCCACAGUUUGAUGUAAUUUUGUGCCUGAGUAUUACCAAGUGGUUGCAUCUCAACUGGGGAGAUGCAGGCUUAAAGCAGGCAUUUCGGCGUAUGUACUUGCAAUUAAGACCAGGAGGGCAUCUCAUCUUAGAACCUCAGGCAUGGGAAUCUUACAAGAAGAAGAAGAACCUAACUGAGACCAUCUUCAAGAAUUAUAAUAGCAUCGAGUUCCUCCCGCAGAAAUUUACAGAAUAUCUUCUUUCAUCAGAAGUUGGAUUUACUCAGUGUGAAGUAAUUGGUACUCCAUUCCACCAGUCUAAGGGCUUUCAGCGACCCAUCCAGCUAUUUACGAAAGGUGAAAUUUCCCCAUCUCGUUCUGUAGCCAGCAAUACGAAUACACCAUCAUAUACAGUUGUCACAGGUGCUUCACGGCCCCCUGUUUACGUGCCUGUUAGCAUUUCUACUAGAGAAGUUGAUGAUGAUGGUGAUGAAGAUGAUACUGUCAGGCAUAAUUGUGCUGUUGAGACUUACAGAAAGCAUAGAACAUCUGCAGAAGGGGUGGUUGCAAUGGAAGAAGAUGGCACUGAAAAAUUGGGAGAACAGGAUGCUGUUGAUGGUCAUUUCCAUCAGAAUGUUGAAAUUAAAUCAGAUAUCCCUGUAAUAAAAGGUGGUAGCCCCCCUGUUUCCACCAGUGAUGGUGGAGUAAUUGCAGCAGUGGAUGUAGAUAGUAGUAUUUCAAAUACUGAAUCACACCUGAUAGUACAUGAAUGGAAAGAGGUUGAGUUUGAAAGUACUAUCAUACAUGAGGGCAUGUGUACUAACAUUAAAUCAGAAGUUGAAAUAGUUUCUGACAGUUUGAGGGGGCAGGAAGAAGUGGUUUCUGUAAGGUUUGCAAAAGUUGACACUGAGAGUGACAAGUUGAUAUGUGAUACAGAAGAUGGUAACAUUGAAUCUGUAAAGAUGGAGAAAAUUCUUCCUUAAAUGAAAAUGGUGUUGCACAUUCACAGUGAAAUAAUAAUCGGGUUUAUCUGAACAUAUAUGUAUGAAAAUUCUUUAAAGACUGCAAAAAGUGUGAGGCUGACAAUUGUUAAAUUGCCAUAUCUACAGUAUGUUUACAAUAAAUGGGCCAAAAUUUGGUGUGACGUGGUAUUUUUUUUAUUAAAGACUGAUUUAGAAUUAAGUGACUUGCAUUGAAGUCAGAGAAAAUGUUGUCUUCAGAGGAAGCAGAGUGGUGAAAUUAAGUAUGUUCUUCGCAAGAACUGAAAUUGUUGAAUUUACUUUCUGAAAUUGUAUAUGUGUAGCAUAGCUGAGAAUGUAUGGUACAAGAGUCUGUACACAUUCGUAUGUUAAUUUAAAUACAGUGCAACAUAAUGCUUUGUUACUUUAUUUUGUAAGACUUUCCCACACAGCAUGCUGAUGUAAAUUUUAUGCACAGUGUUAACUUGUAUCAUAGUGAAAUAUAAAAACUUGAACAUCUA